UAGAAUCAUGGACUACGAUCCGCGAGAUUUCUACGAUGAGAUCGAGGCCCAGUUUGCUGAUGAAAUGGAGGCAAUGGGAGAUUUUCAGAAAAAACCUGAGGAUGAAGAUCCCUCUGGUUACAUGGUGUCGGAUGAGAUGCUAAAGCGAGCCAUGGAAGAAGAAGCUCUCCUUGCAAAAGACAAAGAAAAUAAGUCUCCAAAAACAAAUCACCACUCUUCAGAUCCCAUUGAAAAUCAACUAAAAUCUCUAACAGAAUCCUUGAAGAGAGGGAGCAAUAAAACCAUUGUAAACAGCGACACAACUCCACCUACUAUUGAGUUCAGUUUCAUGAACUCUUCCACAACUACAACCCCCAUACAGAUCAGGAACAGUUUCAGAGGCGGGGUGGGGGCUCAGGGGGUGGCACCUCAUAAGCGGAAAACUAGCGGUGGGGGUUUGUUUGGGGACGAGCUCGAGAUUGUGGAAGAGGUAGAAACAAGCAAACGUUCUAAGAUUGAUCGCGAAAGUGAAAAGGUUUACACAAGAGUUCCAGAUGGAGACUUUAUCAGAGUUACGAAUGAAUCACAACGGGUUUACUUGAAAGUCAAACCUUUCAUCGAAAAAGUUGCUUCUAAAAACCCAUCAGACAGUUUCUUGGCUCAACCUUUCGAGUAUCUCAAAUCACAGGUGAUGAGGGACUACCGUGAGAAGAGAACGGAAAUAGAAGCUGCUGUAUCACGCAUCAGAUCACAUGUCGUACCUGCAGCCGGAUCGGGUGACACUACAGUUCCAGGUAUCGGGGAGAAGGAAAAGUCGAAUCUUUGGGUCGAUGAUUACAUGCCGACAAAGUACGUAGAUCUGCUGAGUGAUGACGGAGUGAACAGGUCAGUGUUACACUAUUUGAAGCUGUGGGACGGGGUAGUGUUUGGUAAGAAGAUGAGAGAGAAGGCCCCUGUUGAGAAGCCCAAGUGGCAGAGUUACGAGGACUGGCAGAAGUACCAGAGGUUCCAAGAGCCUGACUACGAUGAGAAGGGCUUCCCUUUUAAGAAGACAAUAUUGGUUUCCGGCCCCCCUGGACUUGGGAAGACCACCUUAGCUCACAUAGCUGCUAAACAUGCUGGUUAUAACGUUGUGGAGAUGAAUGCUAGCAAUGACCGGUCAGCAGCGCAGUUUGGAGAAGCGAUAGAGAACUCAGUGACCAUGACUGGAGUGCUUAAUAAAGAUAACAGCCCCAAUUGUCUUAUAAUUGAUGAAAUUGACGGUGCGGGUGCUCCAGCUAUCCAGGUUCUAGUAAAAUUUCUAACGGCUGGUACAAAAUUCUCCAACAAAUCGGACGGAGAGAAGAAGAAAAAGAAGGAGCAGCGGCUCCGUCGACCUAUAAUCUGUAUCUGUAACGACCCCUGGGUGGUUGCCCUGAGGGACCUGAGGAAAGUGGCCACUAUUAUCCAGGUGCCCCCCACUCAGAGUGCGCGGCUCGCUACCCGACUCAAGACUAUCUGUACUGUGGAGGAGCUCACUGCUGACAUGGCUUCAUUACUCUUCCUCUGCGAGAAGACCGAUAACGAUAUUAGGUCAUCUCUGAACACGUUGCAGUUCUUGAAAGCUAACAAAGAGCCGUUAAGCAUGGUUAAGCUGAAGGGCAUGGAUGUUGGGAUGAAAGACAAACAGAAAAGCUUGUUUAAGUUUUGGAGCACGAUAUUCACCCAACCUAAAACUAAGGGAAGCGCACUCUCACGAAUGACUGAAGCUCAACGUCAUGACCAGAAAAGGCUAUCAGAGCUGAUGUCCCUAGUUGGAGGUACUGGAGAUAUUGAUAAGCAGGUAGAUGGCAUCCACGAGAACCUUCUAAUGCUCAAGAUAAGAGAAGCUAACUUUACCAAGUUGGCUGACUCUUUGGAGUGGUUUACUUUCUACGACAGUGUCGAAAAGGAGAUGAGAUCUACAAUGUCGUUUGAGUUGUAUACCUACCUAAUGUACACACCAGUUGUGUUCAACCUUCUCUUCGCUCAAGUGCACCCUCCUAAAAUAACUAUUCCUGCUAAAAGUAGGGAACUAAGACAGAAACAACAGGAAGUUGAGGACAUGGCGGACAUGGUAAGACGAGAGACCCUUGUACGAGCCAGGCUGGGACUAACGAGCCAGUUCUUUACCACUGAACUGUCGUCAUACCUCGCUAGGAUGCUCUGUCCUGUGUUCAGACCUGUCAAUAUUCAGCUGUACAGUGAGAAGGAGAAGCAGGCUAAGGAGGACCUACUGAACCUGAUGACUUGCUAUGACCUGCAGUUUGCUCAGCACCGCUCUCUGGAGGGCCUCAUUACCUUUGCUUUGGAACCGGACGUGUACUCUCUGACUAGGUUUACAGGUUUACCGGAGGUCAAACAGCUUCCUUACUCGGUUAAACAGAUGCUCGCUAGAGAGGUGGAUUUGAAACGAAUUGGAGCAGGAGGGGCGGAAGCUCCCAAACCCCAAACAACAUCCACUGAAAAGACCACCAAAAUACCCAAGAUUGAUUACACUAAAGAACGAAUCCCAGUUAACUACUUAUCUAAAGUGGUAUCAAACAAGGAAGCGUUUACACGGAAAAAGGAGGCUUACGUUCAGAAGUUGAGGACUUUUUAUAAGUUUAAUGAGGGUUUCUCUAAUGCUGUCCGUAAACCUGUUAAAAUGUCCUCUUUCUUCUAGAUUCUUAGGGGGAAUUAUUUGCCGAAUUGUAUUAUUUUAAUAUUAAAAAUAAAGUAUUUAAAAUUUAUUGAGUAAAAUCAUGUUUAUUCAGAUUAUAACAACAUUGACACUGGAACUUUGAGAACCUUAUAUUGUAAAACCCCAAUUUACCGUGAACUCCAAUUUACUGCGAUUUACCACGAUUUACCACGAACCCCUUAAUGCUGUUGUUUCCGUUCCCCAAACUCUGCGGUCAAUCGCGGUUCUACUGUAUUGUAAUUUUACUUAUACUAUGACUGAAUUUGAGACCAAUCGGAACUGUCCACGAAGUAUUUGAAAUUAAACAGGGACCUGCCCUGCAAGAAGUUGACAUCAAAUUAGAAUUGCUCUCGAAAUUGACUUCAUAUUAAACUGGACCCAGGAUAUAGUGUGUACAAAUUAACAAAGAUAGUCCCAGACUGUACGCUACCCCUGUACAGUACCAUGACAUUGUUUUAUUUAGGGGCCUGCUCCACAUAUUAGAGGCCUGCAUAACAUCUAACUCCUUGACACGAUAUCGAGCUGUUAAUUUGGGCUACCCUCGCCGUUCAAAGCUUUUCGGCUCUCAAAUUUCAAUAUCUUUUGUGUAGGUUAUCAUGUGCGUUACAUGGAUUUGUGGACAUAUUUUGUUACGGUUAUCAUCGUCGGUAUGUUUUUAAGAAGUUGUUAAGUUUUUAAAAUUAGUAUGGUGCAAUUUUAAAUUUAUAUUUAAUUGUACUGUGUACUUAGGUGGAUAUUCUAAUAUAACUUUAUUCAA